UGGGCACGCUGGACAUGCAACAAGGGAGCCAAGACUGAAGCAGGUUGACCAUUGUCGUCUCAAAUUAAGACCCUUACUACGACACACAGAAACACGAAAAACAGAAAUAGUAUAAAGUUUAUUGGACCUCCCUGGAAUGUGCAGAUAUUGACUACCCAUAUAUGGAAAGGGGACCAAGGAAGACUUGACAGGAAAGACACAUGCACGCUCUGAUUGCGGGUAUUACAAUCUGUGCUCAAGUGCAGUUAGUGCACUAUCCAUAUCAGGUAACGCAAGUGUGUAGUUUCAUCAUUGAUCUCACCGCUGUGUGCCUACUAUAAAAACAGCGGAUAUUCUGUUCAUUUCUAAAUGUAAAAGUAUUUGUUCACAUUUCUAGUAGAGUUCAUAUUGGAGACUGAAUCUUACCAGAAGUAAGAAGUGUUAUUCGAAUCUAGAUCUAGAUCUACUUUGACAGAAAAAUAAAUUGAUGUUGCUAUGGAUACAUUAACCCAAGAGUCCGGAGGCUGUUGUGGUGGUGCCACCUUCUAUCUGACUGCGGUCUGUCUCGGACUUGUGGUCUACUUGGUUUACAAACAGGGCGGCGAGAACUGGGAGAAGUAUGGAGUCAAACACAUCAACCGAAGCCGCUACGUGUUUGAUGACUUAGGAAAGGCCAUGGGAAGACUCCUCGUAGAAGAAGGUGACACAGUGGGACUCAGUUUUGCUGGGCUUCAACUGCUGACCCGAGACAUUGACCUCCUGAGAAAUGUCCUGGUCAAAGACUUCAACAACUAUGUAGACAGGACCGUCUUUAUUGCUUCCAAUUCUCCAGUAGAAAAGGGCGUCUUUUUCUUGGGCGGCCACGAUUGGAGGAGAAUACGUCACGUGAUUUCGCCUUCAUUUAGUUCUGGAAAGAUUAAAUUCGUCUGCCGUUACAUCGACGAGUCGGCCAUCAAGUUGGGCAAUCUGUUGGAGACUUACGCUCGGGAUGACCAGCUGGUGCCCAUGAAGCACGUCAUGAGCCAGUUCACGAGUGAGAUCAUCGCCAGGACAGCGCUCAGCCUGAGGACGGACUGUCUGGGCAAGAAGGAUGACGAGUUCCUCACAUACUCCCAGAAAAUUUUCAAAAUUCACUCAAAGUUGAUGAACUUCAUUAUGCUUUCAAUGAUGAUGUUUCCAUGGUUACACAAAUUUGUUGUCAAGAAACUAAAAGUGACACUUUUUGACAGCGUAGAUGAAAAUGCAGACAAAUAUUUCCAGACUGUCCUCAACUCAAUCGUGGAGGAAAGGAAACUGUUGACAAGUCAAGGCAAACAGCACUACACAGACCUCUUACAGAACCUGCUACUGGCACAGCAAGCUGGAGAAAACCAAACUGCAGACGGGAAGUCCACGGAAUUGCCCAAGACCAUGUCACACGAGGAACUUAUGGGCCAAGUUAUGCUCAUUAUUUUUGCUGGAUUUGACACAACGGCCUCAACACUACAAAUGUGUUUCUAUCUUCUGGCCAAAUAUCCAGAAAUUGAUAGAAAAGUGUUUGAAGAAAUUGAAAAAGUUGUAAGUUCUGACCUUCCAACGUAUGAAGAGAUCCAGCAGCUCAAAUACAUGGAGCAAGUUCUGAAUGAAACUUUAAGACUUCAUCCACCAGCUCCAAUUGUAAGCAGAAGAGCUGCAGAAACCAGGACCUAUGGAAGCAUCACUAUCCCCAAAGGUGCCGGUGUUACGAUCCCUGUGGACAUGAUCAUGAGAGAUCCCAAACACUAUCCCGACCCUGAAAAAUUCGAUCCCGAUAGAUUCACUGAAGAGAAUGUUGCCCAACGUGACCCGAUGACCUUUAUGCCUUUUGGUUAUGGACCUCGCCAGUGUAUAGGAAUGAGAUUAGCUUACAUAGAGUUAAAAUAUUGUUUGGUUCAUGUCUUGAGGAAAGUGAAGUUUGAGCUGAAUGAAAGAACUGAACCCAAACCUGACGGAGAGAUAAAGACAUCUUUUCAAGGAUUUGUUGUCCUAGACAAGCCUAUUCAACUGGCAGUCAAGGCCAGAAAGCUGUAAAUGACUGAGACAUGUUUUGUCUUGUUAGUAUAUGUCUAUAAGCGUACAUUGUAAAUUAUGAAACACUGACUAUUGGGUCAUUUUCUUGUAUA